AUGGUUAGUAAAAGAAUAAAGGAAAAGUUCAAAACCCUCAAGGGUAAAGUGUCCAAAGCGACAAUAAAUGCUAUCAAAAAUUUUGGCUUCAAGUAUAUGACGGAUAUUCAAACUGAGGUGAUUCCUAAAGCAUUAGAUGGACAAGACAUAGUAGCGACAGCUAAGACUGGUUCUGGCAAAACUUUAGCAUUUUUAAUUCCUGUUGUGGAAGCAGUGGCUAAAAGGUUAGAAAAGUUAUGUGAAGGUACCUGCUGCCUUAUAAUAUCUCCAACUAGAGAACUUGCAACACAAACAUAUCAGGUACUCCAACAGCUUAUAUCAUACCAUGAAAAAAUUACUGCAGCAUUAAUUAUUGGCGGAGAGAGUAGAAAAUUGCAGGAGAACAAGCUUGCUAAUGGCGUACAUAUAGUUGUAGCAACACCAGGAAGAUUAUUUGAUCAUAUGAGAACUAAAGAAUUUGAAUACAAACAUGUAACUUGUUUGGUGUUGGAUGAAGCUGAUAAAAUUUUUCAGUAUGGGUUUGAAGAAGAUUUGAAACAAAUCAUCAGUCGACUCCCAAAAGAUAGACAGACAAUGUUAUUUAGUGCAACACAUACAGAAACUACUGAUGCAUUAAUAAAGUACAUGAGAAAUGAUUUACUCUCAAUAAAUACUAAUGAAGGCAAUGAGAAGGCAACUGUUGAUGGUUUAAAGCAGGGUUAUGUGGGAAAAAUGAACCAAUCUGAUAGAACUGCAACUAUGACAGAAUUUUAUGAGACAGAGAAGAUUGCAUUAUUUUGCACAGAUCUAGCAGCCAGAGGACUAGACAUACCUGCUGUUGAUUGGAUAGUUCAAUUUGACCCACCUGCUGAUUCCAAUGAGUAUAUUCAUAGAGUUGGAAGAACAGCACGAGGUUUGGGAGCAGAAGGACAGGCGGUAUUACUACUGAGGCCAGAGGAGAAAGAGUUCAUAAAUUAUUUAAAGGAAGCCAAAAUAUAUUUGGAUAAAUAUGAGGUUUGGGAUAAAUUGAGUAAUCUUCAAAGUAAGCUGAACAAAGCAUUUGAAGAUCCACAAUUUGGCAUGUUAGCCAAAGAAGCAUUUGAAGGUUAUAUAAGAGCAUUUGAGGUGAAAAAAUUAAAACAUAUAUUUAAUUUGUUAACAAUGGAUAUGAAUGCUGUUGCUAAAUCACUAGGGUUAAGAGAAAAGCCUGACGUAGAUAUACGUGUUGGGUUUAGCAAGAAGCACAGACCACGUAAAAGAAAAGCAGCACUUCUUACCACAACUGGUUUUUUAGAAUCUACAAAGCAUUUGAAAACU